UCGCCGCCCACACUGAGACUUGCGUUUUCGCCAUGGAUUCGUCGCCGAAGGGAGAGGACGACGACGGUGGCGUCCACGGAGCGAGCAGUGGAGGAAGAGGAGUCGACGGCUCCGCUGUUGGAAGCGUGGCCGUGACGUUACACCGGCGGAUCGCCCCGAAGCCGGAGCCCAUGGAGUUGCUGGGGAUAGGCGCGAUGCCGAUCCUGCGGCGACCCUCAGGGAGGACGAAGGACAGGCACACCAAAGUGGAGGGACGAGGGCGGCGCAUCCGAAUGCCGGCGGCGUGCGCCGCACGGAUCUUCCAGCUCACCCGCGAGCUUGGUCACAAGUCGGACGGGGAGACCAUCCGCUGGCUCCUGCAGCAUGCGGAGCCAGCGAUCAUCGCAGCUACGGGAACCGGCACCGUUCCGGCCAUCGCCACCGUGGUCGACGGCGCAAUCAAGAUCCCUACCGAAGCAGCCUCCUCCGCACCGCUGACCUCCACCUCCGGGGAGGAGUCCGCCGCAAAGAGGCGGAAGAAGCUCUCGCCAAUGCGAGCGACGGCGGGGGUCGCUGGCGGCAACACGGUCACGGCGUUCUACCCGGUUCAAGAUCCCAUGUCCAUGUCGACGGGACUGGCGCCGAUCGCUCCGACGGGAAUUGUGCCGAUGUGGGCGGUGAGAGGCGGCACCGCCGCUUCCAGCGUCGCGAGAGUGUUGCCACCGGGGGCGCUGUGGAUGCUGCCGCAGCCAACCGCAGCGGCUGAGCCGUCGGGUCAGGCGCAGAUAUGGGCGUUCCCGGCCGGAUCGCAGAUCAUCAAUCUCGCUGGACCGGACCCCGUGACGGCGGCGGCAGCCAUGUAUCCGAGCGCCAUGCCGGGCCUCGGCGUCGCCGUUGCUGCAGGCGGUAGCGUGCCGAGGAAGGGAGAACAAGCGGUUACUUUUACAGAGGGAAAGAAGCAGGAGCUACAACUGAUGGGAGGCGCCGGGGACGACGACGAUGACGAAGAGGAGGAGCCGCUGACGGAGUCGGAAGACGAAGAUUAGGCUUCUUCCUCUUCCUUUUUCCUAACUCUAUUUUCUUUUGUUAUUAUUAGGAGAGGGAGGGAACAAAAGAAGGUAGAAUUUGACAUAAAAUGCUUUUCUCUCUUUUUCUCUGCCUAACUUUCUGGGUAACAGGGAGGCGUGCACGUGCGCACGUUAGGGAUACUAUCUUUGAACUCUAAGCUAUUUUAGUCCCCCUUUUCUAA